AUGUCGUCCACGAUUGCACCCCUACUGCAGAUCGAUCCCUGGCUUGAGCCCUUUGCUGCCGAAAUCGACCACCGGCGCAAGCUCGCCGACAAUUGGCUUCAGGUGCUGCAGAAAAACGAGGGCGGGCUGCUCAAGUUCGCAGACUCUUAUCAAAAACUGGGGUUCCAUGUCAACCCUGACAACUCGAUUUUCUACAAAGAGUAUGCGCCCAACGCCGUCGCAGCGUGCGUGAUCGGCGACUACAAUGACUGGCAACACGACACGGACGUCAUGACAAAGGACAAUUACGGCUUCUUCAGCGUUGUUCUGCCUCCUGUCGGUGGGAAACCUGCUAUCCCCCACAACUCGAGGGUCAAAAUUUUACUCACGCUGCCUGAUGGCUCCAAGGUUGCGCGGCUGUCGCCGUACAUUCUGCGCGCUACUGCGCCACCCAAGGAGUACAACAACCCGGCGUACGAGGCCCGUUUCUGGAACCCCCCAACAAACUACGAGUUCAAGCAUCCGAGACCGCCUCUGCCGCAGUCCCUCAAAAUUUACGAGGCCCACGUCGGCAUCUCGACUCCUGAACCGCGCAUUGGCACCUACAAGGAGUUCACUGCCAACGUACUGCCCAUGAUCAAGGACCUGGGCUACAACACUGUCCAGCUCAUGUCUAUCAUGGAACAUGCAUACUACGCUUCUUUCGGCUACCAGGUCACGUCGUUCUACGCGAUCAGCUCGCGGUUUGGAACCCCAGAGGAGUUGAAGGAGCUCAUUGAUACGGCACACGGCAUGGGUAUCCGUGUUCUUCUCGACGUGGUGCACUCUCACGCGUCUAAAAACGUUGAUGACGGACUCAAUAUGUUUGACGGCACCGACUACUGCUACUUCCACAGCGGCGGGAAGGGUGUCCACGACCAGUGGGAUUCGAGACUGUUUAACUACGGCAGCUACGAGACACUGAGGUUCCUGCUCAGCAACCUCAAAUUCUACUUACAAGAGUACAAGUUUGACGGGUUCCGGUUCGACGGUGUGACCAGCAUGCUGUACGUUCAUCAUGGAAUUGGCGAAGGCUUCUCUGGAGACUACAAUGAGUAUCUGAGCCCCAAUGGAUCUGUGGACAAGGAGUCUCUCACAUACAUGAUGCUCGCAAACGACCUUUGCCGUCAAUAUGGAGAGGUCGAGAACUGUACCAUCACGACGGUGGCAGAAGACGUGUCUGGUUAUCCAACCUUGUGUAUGCCUCGUUCAAUUGGAGGUGUUGGAUUUGAUUACAGGCUUGCAAUGUCGAUUCCAGACAUGUGGAUCAAGAUCCUCAAGCACUUGAGAGACGAAGACUGGGAUAUGGCUGCCAUUGCGCACACUCUUACCAACAGAAGAUACAAGGAAAAAUGUAUUGCAUACGCAGAGUCUCAUGACCAGGCCCUGGUCGGAGACAAGACGCUGGCAUUUUGGCUCAUGGACGCUCAAAUGUACACUAACAUGUCGGUUCUUACUGAACUUACCCCGGUCGUUGAUCGCGGGAUUCAGCUACACAAGAUGAUCAGGCUGGUCACGCAAUCUCUCGGUGGAGAAGCGUAUUUGAAUUUUGAGGGUAACGAGUUUGGUCACCCAGAAUGGCUGGAUUUCCCUCGUCAAGGAAAUGGCGAGUCGUACCACUACGCAAGAAGACAAUUCAAUCUGAUAAAGGAUGAAUUGCUGAGAUACAAGUUUUUGUACCAGUUUGACAAAGCAAUGAACACCACAGAGUCGAAAUACACUUGGCUGAAUUCCGAGCCGGCGUACGUGUCUUUGAAGAAUGAGGUAGACAAGGUGCUGGUUUACGAGCGAAACAACAAGCUGUUCUUGUUCAACUUUCAUCCCACGCAAUCGUUUACUGAUUACAGGGUUGGUGUCGAGACUCCAGGCUGCUACAAGAUCAUAUUAAACUCGGAUCGGUCCGAAUAUGGCGGACAUGGCCGUAUCGACGAGUCCAAAUCUGUCUUUUUCACCACUGAGUUCCCAUGGAAUAACAGAAAAAAUUAUAUUCAGGUUUAUCUACCUUCGCGGUGCGCCUUGGUUCUUGCUUUGGACAGCGAGAUCAAGUAAGCACCUCAUGCCAGUCAUCACUAUUCGAUAUCGGAAACAAACUUGAUACGGUUGAGUACCAGCGAUUCCAUAAAUAUUUCAAUGCAUUUCUCGUGUGAGGUUUUAAGAGCAUUAGCUUUGGUGAGGAACAUCUCCUUCUUUUUGAUCACGUUCUCUGUUGGAGUGAUCUCGAACAAUUUGGAGAGAGCCUCCACAUGAUUGGAAAGGUUACUCUGUGUUUUCUCCAGCAUGCCCUUUUCCUUUGAGCUUUCUAGAUAGAACAUCAGGGCAUACGACCACAUCAGCGUGAUACGGCAUCUCAGCAGGGUAUCGAUCGACUCGCGGUAAAAAUGGGCCUCGAUCCACGACACUUUAGCCCGUUGCUGUAUUUCCUGGACUUUGUACUCCAGCUUGGCAAGGAACUCUGUGUCUUUUUUCAAUGAGACGCGGUGGAUCUCGAACAGGUCGAAAUAAAAUAGGUAUUUUUUGAGCGACACUCGAGACGUUUCCUGUUUCUCGCGCUCCUUCUUGGCCUCUUCGUCGUCGAAGCUUGUGCACACAAAGUUGUUUUUGUGACGGCUCCAAUCGCCCAGGCAGAUCCAACAAAACUGGUAGUGGCACUCUCCGCAGGUCAUGUGGUUGCAGCCUCCAUUUUUCUCAAUUGGCGAGGAACAUUUGGGACAGUCCUUUGUGUUUGCCGUGAUCCAGUGCGACGUUUCAGUCUCGUCUUCACAGGUCUGAAUCCAUUUACGAACCACAGCACACGUGGCUGGAGCAUGGUCCUCGCUCAUGCACGCAAAGCAGAACCGAUGACCGUUGGCACACUGCACGAUGGGGAUAUACUUGUGUGCGACGUACUCCUCCACAGAGCUCAUCACGUCCGAAUCGAACCCCCUGUACUCGAUGAAACACUCACAGUCGACAGCAGGACAGUUUCUAAACAUCCGGGCAUGUUUCUUAGUGUACUGGAGCACCACCGCGUACCAGUAGCGGGAGAGAAGCACUUUGUUGCGCCGUUCUUGUUUUUCGAGGCGUUGUUGUCGAAUAUGGCGCUCGUGGAAAUUGAACAGCGCGUCGUCGGCGCUUUCCUCGCCGUCCCCAGACUCUGCAUCCUCCUCGUCGGAACUCUCGCUAGCCAGCUUCUGGUAUUUUGCCAUGAUUUGCUCCGACGUCAACGGACCACCCAAGUUCUGUCUCUGUGCCCGCGACUCUUGUUCUUCCUUUUGCAGCGCUCUCUGCUCGUCGAUUGCACUUAGCUGCGCCAGCUCUCCCGGCCGCACGUACAGAUGACAAGCAGUGUCGGGACACUUCACCAGUCCGGUCUGGCUGCCUCUAACAUAGCGCACAUAGCAAUCCACGCAGUAUCGAUGAUCACACCACGAAAGCCCGAACGUUUCGAUCGGGCCCUCGGUGCAGCAGAUCGCGCACAUAAACUCCGGCCCGGCCGUCUCCACAAGCCCAGACACCACCGCCGUGUCUGUCGCGAGCCCGCACUCUCGACGCAGGUUACCCGGCUCUUUUGUAGUGAAGUCCUCCAGCAGCUUCUGCUCGUUCCACUCGUACUUGAGCAUCAGCACGGCGCAGUCGUCCUCGCCGAUCUGCAGAAUGCUGUCCACGUC